CCGCCACCGCGGGAGGGCCGGGCGAGGCGCGACAUGGCGGCGGCGGGCCGGGGGCCGGCGGCCGAGCUGCGCGGGGUGCUGCUGCCCCCGCGGCGGGACCCCCGGGGCUCGGAGGACGGGGACUCGGAGGAGGAAGAGGAGGAGGAGGCCGAGGAGGAGCUGCUCUUGGCGGAGGCCGCGCUGCUGGAGGACGCCGGGAGGGAGAUGGCGGCCGCGCUGCCCCCGCGCCGGGCCGUUGUUAUACAAGACAACUCGAAAGAGGAACAUGAAGCAGUUGGACGUUUUCCAUUAGUUGGCCCUUGGUGGAAAGUUAAUGUUAAAGUUAAAAAAGUGGGGUCAAAGUACUUUGUGCAAGGAUAUCCAUCGUAUUUUCUUCGAACUGAUAUAGAAGAAAACAACCGACAAGUCUUUUCCCUCUUUCUUAAAGAAUGCAAAGUUCCUGAUUAUUUUAGAGAACAGUUUUUCACUUGGCUUCCUCCUGAGUGUGCACUGAGUUUUGGAAAUCUUGAAGAAAAACUAAAACAAUUUCAAUAUUCACAUCCACCAACAGGGAAGAAACAAGGAGACACCAAGGAUUUUGAUAUCUUACACUAUGUUUUGAAAUCCGUUGCAGGCAAGGCAGUAUUGGUAGCUCUGACUUUUCCGAUGAUACUGGAGUUCUUGCCAAUUCUUCUGCCACGCCAUUUUUGCUGUCUUUUGAAUAUGGUGAGUUGGCAAAGAAGGACUGGAAACGAUGAUACAGAUGGUGAGACAGUACAUUGUCAAGAUGAGAUGCUAACAAAAUUGGAUGCGAUAUUAAAGAAUGAGCCAUGGAAACUUGGAUUCAACAGGAUUACCUACAGGGAACUGAAACUUUCUUACUGUGAGGCAACAUGGGAAGCCUUCCGUCAGUGUGAACGUCUCCUCCGGCAGAUUCCUGACUUGCAGAAGAAUGCAUUAAUUCUGUACGAUAAACUCAAGAAACGGUGUAGAGAAAUGGGACACACAUAUGAAGAUCAAGAUGAAUUAACUAAUUUUGUAUCUAAAGAUAUGUCCAUUGAGCAUGCUUGGCAAUCUCUUGAAUUUUUGAAAGACGAGAAGAUCGUGAUCAGGGAGAAAAAACUCGUGUUUCUGCCUCAUCUUUACAAAUCUGAAAGAGACAUUGCAAUGUAUAUAGGUCGUCUGCUGUCAAACUGCUCGUGGCAACUGAAUGUUGACGCGAGAAAGAUACUUAACACUUUUGAGACGUCAGGAGAAACGGCAGAUGAUGAAAUGAAUGCUGUCUCGGCUCAUGAAAUGGAACACCUGAAGGAAGAUAAUCCAGGCAAUCACAACUGUGAAAAUCCACAGAUGGAGUCCACAGCUGGCACCCAAAGUAAGGGAGAGGUAGAUAUAGAUCAGGUGACUGCUAUAGAAAAAAUUUGUUCUAAUCCUGUCACAAUCAUAAGUGGAAAAGGUGGCUGCGGGAAGAGCACAGUUGUUAGCUGCCUUUUUAGUCACUUAAAGCAGGUAGAAAAAGAAGUGGAAGCUGCUUCUAAGGACUUUGAAGGAGACCUGGACGCAUCUGAGGAAUGGGGCACCUUUGAUCAUCACUCGGAGUCAGAGAACACUGGCACAAAGAAUUGUUUGAACAUACUAUUGACCGCACCUACAGGGAGAGCAGCAAGCCUUUUGAGUGAAAAAACCAGGCUUCCUGCAUACACUCUGCAUCAGAUCAUCUAUAGUUUUAAAUCAUGGAGACAGACUGGACAAGAAUUCCCGUGGAAGUUUUCUACUGUGACAGUUCUGAUUGUGGAUGAAGGAAGCUUGGUGUCUGUACAUGUUCUCAGUUUAGUUUUAAAACUCUUAUAUGAGCAUGCCGAGCUUGCCAAACUUAUUAUUUUAGGUGAUACUAGACAGCUACCAAGUAUAGACCCUGGAAACGUGCUACUUGAUAUCUUUGAGAGUCUAAAACCAAGAGGCUUUUCUGUGGAACUGCGAACUAAUCACCGAGCUGAAUCACAACUAAUUGUAGACAAUGCAACAAGAAUCUCGCAGCGGAAGUUUCCUGAAUUUGAUGAGGUGCUGGAAGUUUCUGGUUGGAAUAAAGCACUGACAAUGCCGAGACCUGAGAAGAAAUUCAUUUUUAUCGCUUUACCUUCUGGUGGGGGUAGUGACAAUUUGCAAAGUGCCAUAAAGGCUUUACUUAAAGAAGGACCUGGGUUGCAGGAUGCCAGACAAUCACAGUUCAUUGCUUUCAGAAGGCAAGAUUGUGAUCUAAUAAACGAGCUUUGUUGUCAACACUAUUCAAAGCAUUUAACCAGAGACCAUAAAAGACGACUUUUAUUUCAAAUUGAUGACAAGAUUUCCUGCACACGGAAUACAUAUCUCAAGGAUCUCUUGCCAGGCCAUGGCUUUGGAAAGGAACCUGAUCAGAAAGAGGAUCAUAAAUGCAGAAAUGGAGAAACCACCCUCAGUUCAGCAACUGCUGAGGAUGGCAAACGAUUGUGCAAUGGAGAUAUAUUUUUCAUAACAGAUGAUGUAGAAAUUAAUAAACAGCGCUUAUUGACCAUCAGCAGCACAUACGGCUCCACGUUCACUGUGAAGUACAAGGCUCUGAAGAAGCUCUGCCAUAUAAAACAUGCGUGGGCCAAAACUAUUCACACUUUUCAGGGGUCUGAGGAAAAAACUGUGGUGUAUGUGGUUGGCAAUCCUGGGCGUCAGCACUGGCAGCACGUGUACACAGCCGUGACCAGAGGGCGCUGCCGUGUCUAUGUUAUAGCCGAAGAGAGGCACCUCAGGAGAGCCGUCAAUAACAAGAGCAUUCCCAGAAAAACUCGCUUACAGAGAUUUUUGAGAGAGGAAAUUGCAGAAAUAAGCACAUGCCCAGAACAAAUCUCCUCUACCCUGACAAAGGAUGCUCCCAACCCAUCUGAAUCUGGCACUGGCCCGGUUAAAGAAGAGUCAGCAGAUCUCAGAAAAGAGCAGAUGGGUGAUUCGCAGCAGAAGAUAAGUCCGUAUAAAAGACAACGAAAUCAUGCAGAGAAUCCUGGGGAUGCUGUGAAAACAUCCUCUCAAAUAGUACAAGAAUCCCCACUUGGUUCUUCCAGACUUCAGAGUCUAAGUUUGCAACAUGUAACUCCUAGGAAGCUUUUCAAAAGCUAGCAGACAAUUAACUAUCCUCUUUACGAAUACACCCAUUUUGUUCAAGAUUUUUUGGCAUGGAGAAGCUGGGUAUGCAGAUGAUUUUCAAAAGCUUUCCUGUAAUUGUAUUUUCUCUAAGAACUGCUUAUUUUAAAGUGAGCCUUUUAUAUAUUCAGUGAUCUGUUUUUAGUAGAUCUGUUUUCCUUGGUGCAUUAGUCAUCAAAAGCCUUAUCAGUCUUUUGUUUUGGUGAAGAAGGAACUUAGAGUUCUUUUAGGAUCCAGAAGUAUCCUUGAAUAAUACAUGGGCAUUUCGUAGUUUGAACACUGUAGCCAUACCAAGUUUUAUCUAUUUCCUCAUGCUGCAGCAUCGAUUAGAAUCUAUUAUUGAUGUGCCAAAGUUGCACUUCAGUCUUCAGUCAAAAAAAUAGUUUAGAGAAAUCUAAACUACCCUGUUUGUAAUGUGGCAGAAUUAUGGGCAUGAAGCUUUGACGGAUUAUGGAUUUUAAUCUUGUUAUAACAAGAAACAAAAGCUGCAAUCAUUGCCACAGAAUUUUUUUCCCACUUUGCACUUGUGAGUGAUGUAAAACUUGCCAUCGUUGCUCUACCCUAUAAAGCUGUAUGCUGCUAAUGAUCUUGGGAACAAAAGCAACAUUCCAAGUUAGGGUUCAAAUAUCAUGCUGCUUUUUUACACGUGUUUGUGUACUGCAUGAUUUGAUACAUUGCACUGUAUGAGGUUAAAUAAAAUGAAUGUUUACACAAGCUUCAGAGGAAUUAAAUUUGAAGAGAUCUUGCGUACUUCUAACAAACUUUUUUUUUUUA